UUAUGGCCAAUCACAGGGGAGUGUGCUGGUUGUAUUCGGGCAAGAGAUAUUGCAAAUAUUGGUGUCUGGACAACCUUUUUUCUGAGAAAUUUAGAAAAAUUACAGUUGAAACCAAUCGAAAAACCAAAUCCAGAUAUAUCUAUACCUUCAAUACCUAAAAAUCCUUGGACAAUUUUAUUGCCUAAUAAUACAG